AAAUCAGUUAUAUAACAGCUAUAUAAUGUAUCUUUAAACAGUAAAUUAACUAUAAAAUACUGUGAAAUUAAUAAAAAAACAAACAGUAUUUUUCAUUAACAGUACAAAGCUGUUAAUUUCAGUGACAGUAUAAUGAUGUUAAUUUUACAGUAACAUAAAGGCAACCCUGCUGCCAGUUCUUUACUGUUAUUUUAUACUUCAACCAAUGACUUUUUUGGCAACCGAAUCAUGGUUUAUGGUAUUUUAUCAUCUAUCUUUAGAAUGAGAUAGUUUUUAAUAAUAUUCCCUCUAUAAAGUGAGUCAUUAUGGAAGAGUAUACUGUAGUUUUAUAGGCAUAAGCACAUGUCCUUUGUCUUGUGUGACUCCAUUGCAUUUGGCCACAACCCUUUUGUAACAGUACAUUUGGUUGUUUUGUUUACAUUAGACAACUAGAUAUCAUAACAAACAACCAUAUAAAAAAACAUAUACAAAAAUAUAUACUUUUUAAAUAAUAAUAAAAAAAAAUAAUAAUAAUAAUAAUGGGAAAACAUCUGAGUUUCAGGAUCGAUUUUCAAUACAAACUAAUAAUAAUAAUAAUAAUUGUUAUUUUACUGGGACAUUCUUAACAGUGCACCACCACCACUACACCACCCACAGCGUCCUUCUGUGACGUAGACACACAGAACGAGCUCAUAAUAAAUCCACCGACAGACAACUCAUUGACAACCGAUGCAAAUCGCAAAACUUGGCAUCUCCCUCUUUUUUUUUUUUUUUUCUUUUGCAUGUGAGCCUCGUGUCUCUCUGUUGUUCUCUCAGUUUCUGCGCACAUUGACAGUUUGCAAUAGGUGGAGCAGUUUAUGACUUCUCAUAAAGAACUUGGUAGAGCAGCAGCAGCAGACAGGAUUAUGUUCUUUUCCUUGAUAUCUAAAGAGCAGUAAACAGUAAAGACAGCGGAUGUUUUGCAGCGCAGUCAGAUGAGACAGGUCGAGUCUCCUCCUCUGCUCUGCUCUCUUCUCUUCUCUCACCGCGGAUACCUGAAGACACCAGAUCUGGAUUAACACUAAUGAACUAGAGGGGGAAUAAUCUCCACUGACUGUCUCGCUGUGUGGAUUUUCUUUUCUUUUUUUUUUUUGUAACACCUUCUCGGCUGGAGACGAUGUCUUCUGUCCGAGGACACUUUGACGCUUUUUCUAAAAAAUGCACACUUCUGUUCUCUCUGAGGAUGUUGCUUCUUCUGCCUGCAGGAUUGCCGGUCCGCAGCCAAGGAGACUCUCAGUCCGACAACAAAGUGAUGGACAAUAUCACCGUCCGGCAAGGAGAGACCGUCUUUCUCAGGUGUGCACAGGGGGACGUUGUCACACACACAGCAUGGCUAAACCGGUCGAGUAUACUGUAUGCCGGAGAAGACAAAUGGUCGGUGGAUCCCAGAGUGAGUCUGGUGACCCUUAAUCAAGAAGAGUUUACCAUCAAGAUUGAAAACGUGGACAUGACAGAUGAGGGCCAGUAUGUGUGCGCAGUCCAGACAAGCAGUCGACCGAGAACCACCUCAGUGCACAUCCUCGUCCAAGUACCACCAAAAAUCAUCAACCUGUCGAGAGAUAUCGUGGUAAAUGAAGGCUCCAAUGUCACCCUGAUGUGUCAAGCCAGCGGUAAACCGGAGCCUUCCAUCAGCUGGAAACUCAUCUCCCCUUCAGGCGACCUGGCAUCAGACGACGACUACCUGGAGAUCCCAUCUAUCUCCAGACAGAGAGCAGGGACGUACGAAUGCACAGCCGUCAAUGAAAUCGAUACGGACGUCCAGACCGUAGACAUCACCGUCAACUAUGCUCCGUCCGUGUCAGAGGGCAGAGACGUCGGAGUGGCUCUGGGCCAAAGAGGAGAGCUGGAGUGUGAGGCUGACGCAGUGCCUGAGGCAGAUUUUGAGUGGUAUAAAGAUGACAGAAGGAUCUUCAACGGCUUUGAUGGCUUGGAAAUUGUGAAUGGCGGAUCACUGUCGAAGCUGACAUUUUUCAACGUGUCUGACGGAGAUUACAGCAACUACACUUGUGUCGCCAUCAACAAACUCGGGAGCUCAAACACAAGCUUCCUUCUGUAUGUCGUAAUUGAACCCACUAGCUCAACACUAUUGCAAGGCCCGAGAGCAGUUCAGGAUGGCAGCGGCGGCGCGAUGGGAGUCCACUCACACACCUGUCUGCUCUUCAUAGUGGUUCUGCCGUUCCUGCUCAGAUUUUGAAGAGGAAUGGAUUUGAACACGAGUAUUUUGUGUGUGUGUGUGUGUGUGUGUGUGUGUGUGUAUGUGUGUGCGCGCACGUGCGCGCGUAUGUGUGUGUGAGUGUGUGUGUGUUUUUUCUUUUUUUUUUCAACCGGAACCAUAAACUGAUGCACAGUGAGUGCAUGACGUAUCCUGCUACGUAAUGAUGUUGACCCACUAAAUAAGUACGUAACAAAAGUUUUUGUUUUGUUUUGGGGUUUUUUAGAUUUCAAAGAUGUAACAAAUGCUUCACAUUUUAAUUGAAUUAUGUUGUUCUCUCUAAAUUAUAUCAUUUUGGAUUAUCUCUUUUUACAUAUAUAGUAUGUCUCAGAGAAAGAAAAAAAAAAAAGUUUGGUUAAUUGUGGUGUCUCUUAUUCAAAUGGAUUUGUCUUAAUUUUUGAACCACAUUGCAUAUUCAUCUCAACUCCAGGAAAAAAAGGCAAAUUUACAGCAAGUACAGUAUGAGAGGUGAAUGUUAAAUACCUCAAAGUCAAACCGCGACAGUGAAGCAGAAGGAAUUUAGGUUGCCCUGAGGCUGAAAAGCCUGGUAUUAUCAUAUUUUAAUGUAUAAUAAUUAUCAUUCAGUCUGGUUGUUGAAACAGAAUUGUUUUUGACCUUCAAGUAUUUUGGUUCACAGCAUUCUAGUGAUAUACUUGCAGUUGUGUUAUGCUAAUCUUUUAAUUUUAUGUUGUUUUUUUUUUAAUUAUGUUUAGUUUUAAAUAUUUUUUGAGAAGGGAAAAUAUGAAGUUGUAAUUAUUUAGGACAGAUAUCCUAGUUUUAUGUCUUUUUUUUUUUUUUUUGUUCUUUACCAGUACAGUUGUACACAAAAAUGGUGUCAAGAAUAAUGAUGUUAUAAUUAUGUAGUUAAAAAUGGAGGAAGAGUUUACUCCACUUGUGUGGAGUCGACGUCUGACUUAAAUAAUGCAAAUGUAUUAAUGCCGUUGCUACUUGUUUGAACACCAUUCCAUCUCUACACGACACAGUUAUUUGAGAAAAAAAAAGUUCCUGUUCAUUUUCCGAACCAGCACUGGAGGGUUAGAGACCACUCAGUAAGAACAUGUUCAUAGAAAAUACAAACUUUUUGCAUGUAUUUAGACACCAAUAACCCAAAGACUUUAGCAGUUCACACAGCACCAUAUUCCAUACGAUUUCUGUUUUCUAGUCUCAACACCAAACCAAACACAUUGUUCCAUACUAGUGUCUUUUCACAAAAAAAGAGGGUCAACAUGUGUUUUGAGUUUAACAUAGGGUAAUUUGGAAAUCUAAAAUUAUAGAUACCUUUGAACCAAAAUGUACAGUAUGUGGUUUAUGACAAGAUAUUCCCAGCUCUUAUUGAAAAGAAAAGAAUUGCAGGAUAACUGUACAAUAUGCGAGCCAAUUUGCAAUAACCCAGAUUGAUCAGAGGUCUGAGUAAAAAAAAAAAGCUCUUAUCACUUGAUAUGUGGCUCGCAUUGUCAGAAAAGACAGGAUAUGUGAGAAAACAAGCCAGUCGUAUCUCCGUGUUUUAUUAUGGAGGAGGAUCAGCGCAGCCGAGAGAAUCACCGGUGUUAUGAGAGGCGGCAAACAGAGGACAGACCUCCGUUACCUUAUUUUUGUUGUGAGCGCGAGGAUUUUAUGCAACAAUCAGAAACCUCUCACAACACGGCAGCAAGAUUUAAAGCCCAGUGAUUUAUCUUUUUCACAUAUCUUGUGUUGGCAAACAAUUUACACCGACUGCCAGAGCACACUCAGGUUCCCCCAGCAGUGGAAGAGAGUUGAGUGACAACAACAACAUUUGGUGUUUGGCUACUGGUUUUGUAACGUGGAAAGGAUGUUUUUAGACAUCGCGCCUCUCUUGUAAAAUGCAUCGCUGUUUGUGUUUGCAGCCGUACAAACAUAACCGUCUACUGACUGCACUCCACAUCAGUGGACUGUGUGCAGCACUAAAGGAUUUGUAGGAUUUCCAUUAACACAACAUCAAACAGGAACAGUGAAUUACAACAAAUUAGUGUGUGUGUCUGUUUGGUGGCGGGGCAAUGACAUGCCUCUUAUUAUCCCACGGCUCUGAUUGAGUGUUUUCACAUAUGGUUAUUUUUAAAUUAAUGCGAGCUCAGUCGACACUGAGCAGGCACAAAAAGGAGAAGAGCGAAACAGAAGCAACGAUCUGUUCACAUUCACCUUUUCCUCCCUUUUUUCCCCGGCUCGCCUCAGCUUCUGGUGAGGUUAUAGUCCUUCAUCCACGUGCACGCACCCCCGUCAUGGGGAUAACAAGGUUUGUGCUUCUUGAUGUGAAAAAAAUAUCCAAAUCAAAACGGCAUGAAACAGAUAGGGCCAUUAUUGAAAUUGAUCAGGGUAAUCAUCAGCUGAAUGUGACAGGCUAAUCACGGUUUGUUUUCACACACACAAGACAAUGAGAGAGACACACACACUGCACACUAUUAUUCAUCUCCAGCACAGUGAUGUUCGGAAAUGACAUGGUAAUUAUUCCAUCCCCGGCUGGAAGGAUGGCACCACUGAUCUCACGUCAUUUUGCCACAAGAUUAACCACAUCUAAGAUGAACUGAAGUCAGAUCACCUCCCAAGGAGGUCUGUGUUGGGAUCCCUUCACAAGAGAUUGCAUGGAGCGGUUGCUGUUGCUUUGAGUUCACUUGAAAGGUUGAAAUAAUUUGACUGAAAAUAUCACUUAACAGAAACACACACACCUUCUCACCACCACACACACACACACGCCACAGAUUCUACUGAGGUAAAACAGUUUCUUGUAUAUGUAUGCCGACAUUUCUUUUGUAGAACAGCCAAGCACACUUUGUAAAAACUGCUCAUUUAUUAUUAUUUUUUUUUCUACCUCUGAGCAGUUGCUCAGCAAGUUGCCCAAUUAUCAAUUACCACCUUAAAGUCAUAUUUAGAUGUGGCCAUUGGUGUGCAUUUGUGUGGGCUGUAAUGACAGCGAGGCUCAUUCACACCACACUGCUACAUUGUCAGUAUUGUUUCUCCAGGAGUAUCACAGCACUCCACGAGUUUCUGAAAGGACAGCUCACACAGCUGAAUGAUUGCAGUUUAUUGCUUUGUCCUUAAUAGCUGUGAUAUUGUUUUAGUUUUUUUUAUCAGAUACAGUAUAAUUUAUCGAGCCAAGCACACUAUUACUGACAAACCCAUGUAAGUGUGUACCUUUAGAAUAUAGACAAACAGAUCUGGACAAACCAGCAGGGCUGCUGUCAAAAUAUAACACGCAUCUCGAGAUGAAAGUGAAAAAACAAAGUUCACACGUAACCAGAGGUAAGGAGGUGGUUGUAUAGCAGACUCCACCUAAUAAUCCACCUAAUAAUAGCAAUGCCAUAUGGUCACUAUGGCAGCGAUUCAGAGUUGAGGCGGCACAGAGCAUCAUAGACGACAGACCAAAACUGUGCACAUUAAUAUUCAAACUUUUCGACGGUCGUUAGGAGGAACCCCGCUAAUUCUCCAAAUCAAACAAGUAUAUUGUUUAUGAACUCUGAUGAGAUAUGUGGUCGCGGACAAAAUGUUGUAAACUGUGAAGCGCAGAGCUGAAGAAGCAACAUCGAGUCAAAGAACGGUCUGAUCUGUGUUCUGGUAUUCUGCCUUUUUCAGUGGAGAUGGAAACAGUCUGCGCUCGUCAGAUCACUGCUGGAAAUCCCGCUAGAUCAUAUUCCUAAAGUUUCGGCCUUGGUCUGAUCCACGUGCCGCUAACAGAAAAAGGAUCAUCUUCAUUUCCUUGUUCUCAAAUCCCCACUGUUCCAAACGUGUAACAAGAGAAGGCAUGUGGAGUAAACCUAUGCAGGCUGCGUCUUUAAAGGCUUCAAUUGGAUUGUUUUCUGACCUGAGGCCGUUUUGUAUUACUUAGCACCAGUGUUUUCUUGAUGCAGUUUGGGCCCUGGUAGCCUCGAGGUUAGACAAGCUGGCUUGCAGAGCAGUUAAAUAAACACAAUCACAUUACGUUUAGUGAGACAGUGUGAUGUUUUGUGUUGCAUAACGCAGCUAUUUCCCAUGCUGUGGCUCAUUUAGUUGAGAAAACUCUAAUAAGCUCUCAGUUGGCCUUCAUAUCGUCCCGUUGUUAUCGGGACUUAUCCUCCGUCGUAGAAGUCUCACCCAGUGUGGUUUUUGCAGCUCUUUGCUAUAUAUACAGUAACAUCCUGUUUAUGCACCAAUCUCUUCAGGAGUUAAAUAAAGUAAGAAAUGUACCUGAUUGUUUUUCCCAUGCUGUAUGCCUCCAACAGCUGCAUAUAACAUGCAUCACCGUCAGGCAAACUGAACACAGCAGGCGUUGCAAUGGGAAAUAAGCAACUGUCAUAAUUGAAAAUAAUUUACCACCUCUCAGACAAAUAGUAGGCAGUCGUACUGCAGUUUCUUUCUGCAUGGCAUUAAAGAAAGUCAGCCUCUGUGCUUGCUUAUUAGAGCACAUGUUCUUAACUGCCACCAAGCAUGACUUUUAAACGGAUACAAGACACACAGCGAGUCCCAUCCGAGCCAAAACUUAUAAUGAUAAAAUCAAGCAACUCGGGAAGAGGAUCUUGGAAGUAUACUAGUAAAAUAUUUCUGAUCCACCCACAAAGUUCAGCUUAAAAACUGCACUUAGAAGGCCUGAAUACCCAACAACUUUUUUUCUGUUCUGACUCCAGUCAGCCAAUUCUGAAUCACAGUCCAUGAAGGCUUAUAUUUUGGCAGUAGCGCUGCAUAUUUAUGGUGAUACGACCAACUCCAUUGUCUGUUUGACGAGUGCAUAAGGAUUGCAGGACUCAUUCUCUCUCUCAGUCCAAGCAAACAUGGGCCCAGUUGGAACAUGGGCUGAGUUGGGGGAGAAAAAAAGCUAUGGAUACAGUGUAUUUCUUUUCUUUGUCUCCAUAAUGUGCAAGGCAAGAGAGACAGUCUUUGAAGAAAAUUUGAUACCAUGUAAGAAAAAUGACUGAGCUUGUAUUGCACCUACCAGAUAGUACUAUUCAUUUUAGGUGUUUUGUGACAUUUGUGUGGUUUGCAUCGGAGUCUGGAAGAGAUCAUUUUUGGAUGUGAACUUUGGUUACACAUGAGAAAUCAAACCUUUUGCUUCAGCUGCCAGGGGAUUAUCAUAUUAGCAGACGCAUGAAGUAGUCUCAUGAUCUGUCGGGAUUUAUUUUGGAUGAUGAUUCACAUAUAAACAAAUUCUGCCCUUUUACCUGGUUACACGUUCACAAGGCUCUCUUCAGAUUGGAUUGUUCCCAAGUGGAGGGGAGCAUCAUGCUAUUUGACUCCCUGCAUUGUAAAGGAUUGUUGGUUCAUAUGUAUUUUGUUGAUGAAAAGUGUGUGCUCAUAUUUAAGACUGACAAUAAUAAAAUGUUGUAUCUUAA